AUGUCUAUUGCAGAAAAAGCGGCGCAGCUCCGCUCCCUUGUCCGUCUGAUCUCUGAUUCAGCGGAAGCUGUAAUCGCAGAGUGGGAGACUGAGGGAGACACUCCCCAUGACGUUUCCUUGGUGCCCCGGCUUCCAUCAAAGGAAUUGUUCGAAGCCCGCCGUGUCUUCAUUGGGGCGUGCGGUAUGGGCAUGGAUCUCGUGCACGAUCCUUUUGUCCGUAUGACGGAGGUGGCUGCAUCGUUCUACAACUCUCAAGCUUUGCGCAUUGCGGCGGAGACUCGAAUCGCCGAUGCUCUCAAAGACGCGAACCCGCAGAAGGGUGUUUCAGUCCAGGAGAUCAGUCGUCAAGUUGGUAUUGCGCCGGAAGGCCUAUCGAAGAUACUACGGACUCUCUCAAGUCUCCAUAUAUUUGCGGAGGUCGAGGAGAACUUCUAUUGCAAUACCAAUACCAGCCGGCAUCUCGUCAAUAACGAGCCGCUCAGAUGCUGGCUAAUGGUGCACUGCAUGGAAACCUUCACCGCUGCGGGGAAGCUUCCGCAGGUUCUAUAUAACACAGUGGGCAAACCGAGCACCGGGCUCAGGUCCGCGUUCCAAACAGCGUACGACUAUACAGGCAGCGUCUGGGAGUGGAUAGAGGAGUCCAUAGUCCAGCCGGAUGGUACAGUUGGUCCAAGGCCAGAGCUUGACAUCUGGCUCACCGGAAUGUGGAAGUUCGGUCUUGAGCAUGUUCAAGCCCCAGCUGUGUGUCUUGACUUCCCUUGGGAAGCUGUCGGCUCUAAGACUGUUGUUGACGUAGGUGCCGGAGUUGGUGGAAUGAGCUUCGAGCUGGCGACGAGGUACCCCAAGCUGCAGUUUGUUGUGCAGGAUCGCCCCGUCAUACUGGAGAAGGCGAAAGAAUUCUGGACUUCGUCCCUACCUGACGCCGGGGUCAAAAACCGAGUCAGGUUUCAUCCCCAGAACUUCUUUGAGGAGCAGUCAGUCAAGGGUGCAGAUAUAUACAUAUUGCGGCACAUCAUGCAUGAUUGGGCUGACGACGAAUGUGUCACAAUUCUGAAGAGCCUUCGCGAAGCUAUGGGGCCCGAGUCGCUGAUACUUGUUGCAGACAACGUCAUGCAGACGACAGCGGGUUCUCCACAUCUCAAGCCAGCACCAGCACCACUCCCCGCUAAUUACGGCUUCGCUCACACUUUUGCCAAUAUGCACGAUCUGUUGAUGUUCAGCAUGUUCAACGGAGGAGAGCGUACCGUGGGAGGAUUUGAAAGCCUCGCGGUGCGUGCUGGAUUGAAGGUGACGAGGGUGUGGGAAUGUCGCGGAUUCACAUCGCUUACCGAGAUGAAGAGAGAUGAUCAUGUUGCAUAG